CCGGCCCUAAACUUUUGAUACAAACGAAACGCCCAACUAGGAAGCCCCGAAUCCAUAAUAUGGUUAUCUACAAGAGUUUCUACACAGUGAAUUGCUUCUUAGCUUUUGACCACCAUGAUCCUGCGACUUACCUCUUCCGACAUGCUCAACUCAUCGUUAGUCGACAUUUCGACCGGUGAGACGAUAUACACUGUUAUCACGAUAGGGUUAGCGUCGUCGGAUGCCUCCUCCUCAACCCACUCUUCCUCACUUUCUCAAACGGAGUAUCAGUUGACUACUGACACGACGAUUCGUAAAACACGGAUAUAUGCAGGAGGUUCGACAGAAUCAAUACUGCUGAGCGAAAUCAACUGGAAGGGUAGACGACCAGAUAUCAAAAUAGGCAACGAGCAUAUCGGUACACUCGCCAACCUCUUUGAUACAGCUCACACUAAGCUCCUCCCAAAAUCUCUUGCGAUCCCAACACGCUUUGACUCCAACCACGUCUGGGCGGCUACAGCCACUUCACUCACUCUCCUAGACUACAACACGAAUCAGCCGAAAGGCACAUUUCGCCAAAAUGUCCUGCGAUCUUCCACUGCAUUCAUGAAUGCUUGCAUCCCCGGUGUAGGGGCAAACUAUAUCGAGUUCACCUCACAUCCCGCCGUGCAGGAUGUUGAGAUCAUCGUCUCCUUCUUUUUAAUGGACAUACUACGCAGGGGUUGUUUUUGUCCUGCUCUUACGCCUUAUAUGUUUGAAGAUACUCGCUACAAAUCCCCGCGAUCGAAAUUCCAAGAGACUAGAGAGCUUAUAUCACGAAAGUUAAAGAGCAGAAGGAAUACCGUGUGAUAUUAGCUGUCCCCUCCUUCAUGUUCGUCCUUCGAUCACUCCAGUUAGUCUCCCGUCUUCUCAGCCGCUUCAUGCUGAUAUAUUUCAUUGUUCUGAAACUUUUUACUAUUUCGUUUAAGAAGGAGUAAUUUCUGCAUUCGUUACUUCUCCAUCUAUUUUUCAGUCACACUUCCACUUUCUACACAAGUUUCACAUCAUAUUUUCCUCAUUUGGCUCACACGGUUCGCUCCUGGUUAUUAUUUUCAUUACACAUUCGAAUUUACAUCCUGUAACAACAACCAUCAUAUACCUUAUCUGUAUUUACACUAUGAUAAUUCUAGUAUUUUGUCUGA